AUGGUGUGUGAAUUUCCUGAUGUUUUCCAUGAAGAUAUUUGUGACUUACCUCUAGAACAUGAAGUUGAUUUUACCAUAGAUUUAGUACCUGGUACUAGACCUGUGUCUAUGGAUCCAUACAUAAUGUUUGUGUCAGAAUUGGGUGAACUAAAGAGUCAGUUAGAAGAUAUGCUUGAAAAGAAUGGUGGAAUAGCAGUGGAUUCAUCCAAGGUAGACGCGGUGCUACAAUGGAAGGCUCCUAAGUCAGAUACAAAGAUCAGAAGUUUUCUGGGAUUGUCUGGUUACUACAAGAGAUUUAUUGAAGGUAGGGUGCUUAUGCAAUAUGGAAAAGUGGCAGCUUAUGUUUCGCGACAGGUGAAGAUUUAUGAGAGGAAUUAUCUUACCCAUUAUUUAGAGUUGGCACCAGUGGUGUUUGUGCUGAAGAAGUUGAAGAUUGAGCACCAGAAGUCAUAUGGAAUGAUGCAACCAUUGGAUAUUCUUGAAUGGAAGUGGGACAAUAUCUUGAUGGAUUUUGUGACUGGUUUGUCGAAUACUCCUAGAGAGAGUGAUGCGAUUUGGGUGAUUGUGGAUAGAUUGACUAAAUCGGCAUAUUUUAACCUAAUUAAGAUCAGGCUUUCAUUGCAGAAGCUGACUGAGAUCCAUAUUAGUGUGAUUGUGAAGAUACAUGGUAUUAUGUCGAGUAUUAUUUUUUACACAGACCCAAGAUUCACGUCUAAGUUUUCGAAGAGUUUGCAGGAGGCUUUGGGUACUAGACUGAGGAAGUAUAUUCCCGAUCCAUCUCAUAUAAUCCAAAUUGAUAAUAUGCAUGUGAGGGAUAACAUAACUGUCGAGGCAUCACCUAUGAGAAUAGAGGAUCGUGAAGCGAAGCAGCUCAAAGGUAAAGAGAUUGCUCUAGUGAAGUUAUCAAAUUGGCAGCAUGGAGAAUGUCAUAGCAUAUUUAUGGGCAACUUUUGUUCGUCUUUGAAAUUUGUUGCCAUUAGCUACUACAACAUGCCGCAUAUGGGAAUUCCUGCCCCACCUAAGAAAUAA